AUUUAGGCGAUGGGGCUGAGCAAAUACUUUAUCACUAAUAAUAAAUACACUCCAAACAAGAUCGCAGCCUGGACGCACUUCUACCUACAAUAGACCCAUUCAAUACACGCGAAAAAACGUAGCCAAGGAGGCGUGGGAGAUGCCAGUUUGGCGAUCGCUUACUAGAGGUGUUAUCGCUUAGCAGAAUCUUAAGAGUAGUGGACAGUAGCAGAAAAAUUGAGACAUAAUUGUUCGAUUAGCGCCAGCCUCGUCAUUGACCGUUCAACUCGGCCGUGUAUGAUGAGUGAUGGGUUAUGUAAAGCGGUUUCGCUACCAUAUCACGCUUUUAAUUGUUGUGGUGCAAGUGGAGUGAUUUUGUCUUGCGAAAUUUGCUCGCCGCUUGCUGGAGAUUCAAUUGGAAGUUGCCUUACAGAUUUGCCAAUCAGUAUGAAUAGAACUUAAUUAAAAUGUUUUCUGAUGCUCCUGCUAAUCUCGCAACGAAAAGCAAACGGUUAAAUUCUUUCUAAAAAAAAGAUUUUUAUUAAAGCACGACUACCAAAUCAGAUGGGUUAGCCCAGCAUGAGCAGCGUGGACGUGGCGCCUGAUCCAGAGGACGCUCCAUUCCAAAACUACCCGAAAGACGAAUCCACCGAAACCUGUCAGUACUCUCCGAGGUCAAGAACCACUCUGCCGACGGCAGCCCACUUGUUCCUCCCCGAUUCCAGAACCUUCCUGCCAUUCAGACGGACCCCAUUCGCGCAGAAAGGUAGACUCUCUUCCUCAUUUUGUUUCGCUCUCCUCGUCUUCACCACAUCGCUGGUUUUUGUGCAGCUCAUCUUUCUCACCAGUGGCGUUGUCACGUACACCCCAGUCAUUUGUGAUUCUUCCUACGAAGCUGAUUCUGCAGAUGCAGCCCACAGGAUACAGCAGAAGGCAAUGCUUGCAGAAAAUGCUCGCCUUCGAUUCCCUAGGACAAAGCGCCGCCUGCCUCAGUGCAUCAUCAUCGGUGCUCGGAAAUGUGGGACCCGAGCCCUUCUGGAAUUCCUCAACUUGCACCCUAUGAUCCAAAAAGCCACUGAAGAGAUCCACUUCUUCGACGACGAUGAGAAAUAUGCUUUGGGUCUAGACUGGUACCGGAGACGGAUGCCUUACUCUUUUCCCGGACAAAUAACCGUCGAAAAGAGUCCGGCUUACUUCAUAACUCCGUCGGUCCCGGAAAGGAUCCGGCAAAUGAAUCCUUCCGUCAAGUUAUUGCUGAUCGUGCGUGAUCCCGUCACUCGGUUGAUAUCGGACUAUGCCCAGUUAGCUUCCAACAAGGCCAGGAAAGAACGGUCGCUGGCGUCGUUCGAGGAUCUGGUUCUGACUGCUGAUGGUUCCGUAAACCUGGGCUACAAGGCUGUUCGGAUCGGCAUGUAUUCCCUGUUCUUUCCUCGCUGGCUGAGGACGUUCCCGCGAGAACAGAUCCAUAUUGUCGAUGGAGAUAAUCUGAUUGUUGAUCCUUUUCAUGAGAUUCAGAAGAUAGAAGACUUCUUAGGGCUGGGCCACAGAGUGAUGAAGAAGAAUUUCUACUACAAUGAGACCAAAGGUUUCUUCUGUGUUAGGAAUGCCACGGCAGACAAGUGUCUGAAUGAUAGUAAGGGAAGGAAGCAUCCGAAUGUGUCCUCUGAAGUAAUCAGGACACUGAGAAUGUUUUACGGACCGCAUAAUCAACACUUUUUCAGGCAAGCCGGUGUUACUUUUAACUGGCCUGUUGAAUGAUUGGUUAUUAUUGAGUUAUUGAUUCGUAAUUCUGCUACUCCUACAACAAAAAAACACACACACAAUUUAUUAAUAGCUUAAAAAAUGAAAUUUUUUGUAAUUUUUAUUUUAGUUUUAUGAUAUGCAUUUUAAUUUUAAAAAAUAACUAAACAUCAUGACAAAAUAGCAUGAUUCAUUCACUCAAAUUGAGAAAAAUCGAGAAAAAACUAUUUCCCUUAUAAUAAGCAUGCACGAGGAUAUGUGCUCAUCAUAAGAGAAUACAAGGAUGUGAAAAUGCAAAGGAAAAUAUCCUUAAAAAGGCUGUAACAUAAAAAUAGUCAGACUCAAUUUGCAUACCAAUUCGUUUCUGAUGUAAAAUCUUUUUAGAAUAUAUAAUAUAAAAAUAUCAAAUGAAAUCGCGAAAUAAAAAUCAAACGAUUUCCAAAAAGUUUGGAAUAACUUAGGUCGUCAUUAAAUUUAUCAAUAACUUUUUCGUUCUUUAAUGAACGAAAUAAAUUUUGAAUUUUAAAAUUGUACAAAAAGGCUUUUUAUUUUAACGAAAUGAUUUUAUUAUUCUGAGUCCUUACUAUAAACUCUAGAAAUCUAUGUAAUCUUAGUGUGCUGUGAAUGAAUCCGCUCUCUUACUUGUUUGAAAAUAAUAUGCAACUUUAUUCAGAUGUAUAACUGGUUAGUUCUUUAUUAACUGCAUGCCAUUGGAGAACUUCUGACUUAACUGCAUGCCAUUGAUGAACUAUAGACUUAAUUGCUCAUCAUUGACAAACAUAAGUCAAUAGAUUAAAACGACAUCUUUAACGAACUUUCUGAGGAUUAAUCGCUGAUUUCAUUUAACAUGACAUCUUUGGCGAUUUGUUUUGACUACUAAUUCUUAACAUAAUACUCAUUUACUAAUACUCUUUUCGCCGAAAUUUUAAAAAAAAAUUAUAUUAUUUUUCAUAAAUUCUGGAAGAACUUUUAAAUUAGUAAAUCUCUUAACGAAAUAUUGUAUAAAUAAUUUAAUACUUCCUCAACCUGCUACAUUUCUUGGGAAGCGAAGAGGCUUAAAAAUUAUAAGUGGGGUGCAAAAUCAUAUAAACAAAGUGUAAUGGUUUAAAAAUAAUUAUUUAUUAAACAAAAAUACUUUUAUAAACAAUAAAACAUUUAAGAAUCAUCUUUGAAAAAAACUUUAACUACAGAGAAAUUGCUUAAUUAAUUAACUAAAAUUUAAAAAUACGCUCCGAAAUGCAGUUUCCCAUUUUUCAAAUUAUAUUUUCAACUAAUAUAAUAGCUUUAGGUCAAAUUAUCUGCCCUUUAGAGCGCCAACACAUAUUCUUCUCUAUUAUAAGUUGAAACAUAUGCAUUUCAUUUUCAAAGAAAAGAUUUAUUCUCAAAUAAGUCCAUUUUAUUUUCACGCUGUAAAUUAUUUUAAGGUAAUUUAUUUAUUAAUUUUUUAAUUAUUUAUUAUUUUAAUUCAUGUUUUUCUAUUCAUUAUCUUUUUGUUGUUGGAAUAGCAGUUGAAAGAGCCCGGUACUUAAAUGGCAUUUAAUAAUACAUAUCAUGUACACAGUUUGUUGUAUGUCUUAGAUGUUAUUGAUUGAAGUAGAUUUGUUUUUAAUUUAUUUUUAUGAUUCACAAUCAUGUAUUUCUGAGAAUUCGAAAAAAAAAGUGUUGUCCAUCCGUCCGUGACGGAUUGUGUUUAUAUCCAAACAGUUUGUACGAAAUCUAAAGGAAUCUUCAAGAAUAUAUUUAGCUCUUGAUUCAUACUGUAUGAAUUAUACGAUUUCAUUUGAAUACAUUUAAAUAGAUGAAGAGGGUCUGUUUGACCGAUACUUUAAUUUCGGCUGAUCAGUAACAAAUAAAGACGCUCUUAAAAAUUUCAAACAUUAAAUUUUUUUGCAGGAAUAGAAAUUUAUUUACGUGUUUUUAUUUCUGUUAUAAUAAAUUUUAACUGGAUUAAAAAUACCACAACUUUAAAAUCAAAGCUUGAGAAGAAAACCGAGUAAUUAUAUGGCUGCUCAUGAAAGAAAUUUAUAAGAACCUCAUUGAUGUUUUGAGACAAUAGCUUUUGAUUAUACAUUUAUUUGAAAUACAUCCUGUCAUAUCUCUGAACAAUAAAUAAGGGGGAAAUGUUGAUAUUAAUAAAAUUAAUUGAUCUAACAAUAUUGUAGAUAUGUCAUGAUCGAUUAAUCGGCUAUUAUUAAUAAUAACUGAUUAAUUAUUGAUUGAUAACAUUAACCGUGAUAGAUAUGCUAUACAGAAUAAAAAGAACUCUUCUUAUCAAAAACAUUUUACAUUUUUGAAUAAUGCUAUGAAUGCCAAUGCAUUGAAUUAUAAUAUUUAUUUAAAACUAUAUUCACAAAUUUUUUCUACAUUAUACAGAAAAUUGUUUCUCACAAAUUUAAUAAUUUUUUCAUGCUUGUUUUCAGAAUUAAUUGUGGAUUCAAAUGCGAUUUCACUUCAUACAAUAUUUUUGGGAAUACAUUUCUUGUGUAAAUCAAGAGAUAAAUAUAAUUCCUUUUAUACUUGAAACAUUUCAACAGUUAAAUAACUAAAUUGAUGCAUUUUUCAUUUCGAUUUUAUAUCCAGAAGCAAUGAAUUUCUUUUUCAGACAUAUCAAGGCAUGAAGAAGAUUUUUGUCUUUAUAGUAAUGAUAAAUUCAUUGCUAAAACUUAGAAUUUAAAAAAGUUAAUAGGCUUCAUAUUAAUAAUAAAUGCUGUGUUGUUAUACAUAUUUUUAUUCAACACAAUGUUCCAUUUCAAGCUUAAAAUAUAUGUAUAAAUAUAUGUGUUUAAAAGGAUUGUUGUAUGGAAUUUCAAAUAUUUAUUCUAUUGUUAUUUCUUCAAUUGAACAAAUUCUUAAUAUAUUUCAGUUGGAAAUCUUUCUUUGUGUAUUAUUAGGUACACAACAUAAAAUCAAAUUCUGUGAGAAUUCUCUUCAUUAAAAACAUUCCAGAUAUUAAAUGGAACUCUGAAUGAUGAAUAUUCAAUAUGGUCUUCUGAAUCUCUUAUUUAUCAUUUUAAUAUAUAAAUGUGAUUGCUCAUGAACAUAUUAAAUAACGUUUUAAUGUUGAUGUUGAUAUUCUAUUGUAUGAACUGUGAUUUCUUAAAGUUUAUAUAAAUUAAAAUUGUUUUGAAGAGCACAAGUAUGUAAUCAAAAAUUUAACUUGAAUUCUGUAUAUUUAAUAAAUGUUCCGCAGAUGUUAUUCUAUGCUGUAACAUUACUGAUGUUCCUUAGUUACCGAUAAUAAAAGUCUUACAUUU